AUGUCACAGCCCGUGGUGCAGACGAUCCAUCGGGAUCCCGCCCUGUUUUGGUGGAUAUUACUCCCCAUCACUGUGGUCAUGGUCCUCACUGGCAUCCUCCGCCACUACGCCAUGACGCUCCUCCAAACGACUCCCAAGAAACAAGACCUGCCCAAGAUCCGGCAACAGCGCUCCCUCGUCCGCGGCGUCAAUCUGCGCUCCAAUGCCAAUGUGCUUACGCCCGCCUCCUUCCAAGCCCGCAAAGGCUACAUGGUGCAGGCCUACCAGGAAGGCAAGUUUCUGGCCGACCCCGAGUCGAGGGGCAAGCCGAGACCGAACCCGAUGAGCGACCCGGCGGCAAUGGAGGGGAUGAUGGGCAUGAUGAAGGGGAAUAUGGCUAUGAUGAUUCCACAGAGUUUGAUCAUGGGGUGGAUCAAUGCUUUCUUUUCGGGCUUCGUCAUCAGUAAUUUGUCAUGGUACUUCCUCACGCUAUUCGGGUUGCAGCCCGUUUACAACUUCAUCUUGGGCAGCAACAAUGCUGCCAAUCAAGUCACGCAACAAAUGGCCAUGUCUAACCCGGGUGCUGGCAUGAUGGGUCCCGAACAGGAUCCUGAUAAGCUCUUCCUCAGCGAAGCGGAGAACCUGGAGGUCCUGGACCAUCAAUGGAUCCUUGAGGGUAUUGAGGAGCGUCUAGUCGCCAAAUUCGCAGCCAUGUAG